AUAUAUACUUUUAGGUGGUUGAGUUUGGGCUAAGCCAUCUUUGCACUUGGAAGUGAUGGACAAGCUCACGUUAACGAACGCAAUGCUUCUACUGCUGCUGGUCACAGAAUGUGCAGCGCAACCAGAUGUGUGCGGGCGGGCCGUGCUUAACAAUCGCAUUGUAGGGGGUCAGGAAGCUUCCCUGGGUGACUGGCCCUGGCAGGCCAGCCUGCAGUUUGAUACGGGGAAAUACUUCUGCGGGGCGUCGCUCAUCAACAGCGAGUGGCUGCUGUCGGCCGCACACUGCUUCAUCAGAAACAUACCUAUCACGGCGGUUUUGGGUCUUCAGAGCUUGGAGGGUUCCAAUCCGAACAAUGUAAGCCGCAGCAUUGUCGAGGUCAUCUAUCACCCCAACUACAACCCAAUCAGCUACGACAAUGAUGUGGCGCUGGUGAAGCUGUCCUCGCCUGUACCCUUCAAUGACUUCAUUGGGCCCGUCUGCCUGGCCGCCAACGGAAGCACCUUCCUCACCGGAAUCGAGAGCUGGGUCACCGGCUGGGGGAAAAUAGGCGAAGGAGUUCCUCUACCGAGCCCCAAGAACCUGAUGGAAGUCAAAGUUUCCGUGGUGGGGAAUCGCCAGUGCGGUUGUGACUUCAAAUCGCUGAGAAAAAUCACAGACAACAUGAUUUGUGCGGGUCUGAGGGAGGGAGGAAAGGACGCCUGUCAGGGUGAUUCUGGCAGUCCAAUGGUGAGCAAGCAAGGUUCCAAAUGGAUCCAGAGUGGGUUGGUAAGCUUCGGACAAGGUUGCGCCAGGCCAAAGUUACCAGGGGUCUACGCACGGGUGUCGCAGUACCAGGAUUGGAUCAGCAACUAUACUGGCAACGACAACUUGCCAGGGUUCGUCACCUUCACGUCCCCGGGAACUGACCCAGACCUGGAGGUUAGCUGUGACGACGCGAUACCGACCACUUCUGGGACGCCCAUCAGUGCCGGCGUGCCCCCACCGGUGGUGUGCGGGUUCGCCCCACUGAAUGAGCGCCAAUCGGGUUCCGGGUCGGCGUCUGCCGCGGCGGGCGACUGGCCCUGGCUGGCCCGUCUGUAUUGGAACGAAACUUACGCAUGUAGCGGCACGUUGGUGGCGCAGGACACCGUGCUUACCAGUGCAGAGUGCAUCGCACGGUCCAGCACAGUGUCUAAGUGGACUGUCUUCCUGAGUCCCGUGAAUCAGAGUGACUCCAACAGUUCUGAGACGGCGGUGGGAGUGAUCGCUAUUAGAACCAGCGGACGGUCAGAUCCGAAUGUGGCGGUCUUGCAACUGGAAUACUGGCCGCAGCUGUCAAACUUCAUCUGGCCAAUCUGCAUUGACAAUGGCCAGAUCUUCACCACUGGCUUCAUCUGCUGGGCUGUCGGAUGGAGUGCGAGCCAAGGAGGAGUGGCGCAGUCCUUGAAUGAGGUCCCGACAUCACUGCAGGACUGUGGGAAUGUGUCGUCCACUGAGAACAUUUGUAUCAAUCAUUUGCCACUGGACCAGAGAAACUUUAGCGGGCCAUUGAUGUGCCAGCUCGGGGGCUUUUGGUAUCAGGUGGCGGUGCUGAAGACCACCAACCAUACAGUACAAAACGAUCAACUGACUGUCUUGCCCAGACUCAGUGGCUUCAGCAACUUCCUGAUGACGGAGGUGGGGGAGGUGUUGUCCCCCACCAACUCCAGCUCAGCGACGCCGCCCCUCCUCAGCCAGCUCCUGGUGUUCGGCACGGGCUUGCAAGUUGUCCUACUGAUGAUGUGCCACUGAAUGAAACGGCAAUUGAUCCCUGCCAAGUGUCCCAACCGCAAUGUGAAUUCCGGUUUAACUACUUAGAUGAUUUAUGCGAAUA